AUGCCAGGCUGUUCAGAAUUUUACUUCAAUGUGGAUCAUGGAUACCUAGAAGGAUUGGUCCGAGGCUUUAAAGGUGGAAUCUUGAAGAAUGCUGACUAUGUCAACUUAGCACAGUGUGAAACUCUGGAAGACCUGAAAUUACACCUACAGACCACAGACUAUGGAAAUUUCUUGGCUAAUGAAACUGGUCCCCUCACAGUUUCUAUCAUUGAUGACAAAUUAAAAGCCAAACUACUGGCAGAAUUCACAUACUUCAGAAACCAUGCCUUUGAGCCACUUGCCACAUUCCUUAACUAUAUUACGUACAGCUAUAUGAUUGACAAUGUGAUUCUGCUCAUUACUGGCACAUUGCAUCAGCACCCUGUAGAAGAACUGGUUCCCAAGUGCCAUCCUUUAGGCAGUUUUGAGCAGCUGGAGGCUGUCAGCAUUGCUCCAAACCCUGCAGAACUGUUCAACGCAAUCUUGGUAGACACACCUUUAGCUCCUUUUUUUCAAGACUGCCUGUCUGAAAAUGACUUAGAUGAAAUAAACAUUGAGAUCAUGCGCAACAAACUGUACAAGUCUUAUCUCGAGGCAUUCUAUACAUUCUGCAAACAACUAGGUGGUACUACAGCUGAUAUAAUGUGCCCCCUUUUAGAGUUUGAAGCGGACAGGCGUGCCUUCAUCAUCACAAUUAAUUCAUUUGGCACUGAACUAAGCAAAGAAGACAGGCAGAAGCUGUAUCCGACAUGUGGGAAACUGUAUCCAGAAGGCUUACUUCUGCUUGCCAAUGCGGAAGAUUAUGAGCAAGUCAAGGGUGUGGCAGACUACUAUGGUGAAUAUAGAGCUUGCUUUGAAGGGAUUGGAGGUGGAACUGGAGAAAAAACAUUAGAAGAUGCCUUUUUUGAACAUGAGGUCAAAAUGAACGUACUGGCAUUCAACAACCAGUUUCAUUUUGGAGUCUUUUAUGCCUAUGUUAAGCUGAAAGAACAAGAAAGCAGAAAUAUCGUCUGGAUUGCUGAAUGCAUCUCCCAGAGGCACCGGACAAAAAUUAACAACUAUAUACCGAUUUUCUGAACUGGAUCCUUGUGAUGCAUAUGAACAGUAGCACCUGCUUAUUAAAUUGGCUUCUUUACUUAAUUUGUCCUGAUAUGGGAAAAGAAAAAAGAAAAAGAAAGAAAAGGAAAAGGAAAAAAGAGGAGGGGAGUUUGACCACCCAGGAAAGACCAUUUUGCAUGUGAUCAAUUGUUCAUGCAGUGCCAAAACAGACCAUGACAACUAUCACAGAUCUUAAUUAGUCUUUGCUGUGCACAUUUCUGAUUUUGAGCAGGUCCAUCACACAGGGAGUGAAGAUCAAGUUUUCCUUGAAAGAGCUAAUAACAGCAUUGGGUGAAUUUAAUAAGUAAAACUAAUGAGGGAUUUGAAGGGUUAAACCACAACCACCCAUUUCUACGUGGCCCUGAUCUAAACUGGGGGCACAAAUACCUGUAAUUUACCUUCUGAAGAUGAUUUGGCAUCUGGGAAUCAUAUCUGUUUUGACCCUCAGCAAGUUAGAUCAUACCGCAAAUAUAUAAACACAAAGGUUUUGUGACAGCAGUUUGGAAAUCUUGAUGUCCCCCAAGCGAUAUCAUCUACAAGCUGCUCACCAUGUGCUAGCAGCUGCCUUAUGGAGCAAUUUCAAGCAGCCCAUUUAGCUGGUCCAAUCUAGAAACCUGCAUGAAUUGUCACCUUUAUAUACAACAUGAUGUAAUUAUCAAUCAAAAAUCAAAAUCAAAUCACAGAGAACAAUAACAAAGAGAAGUAAUAUUUGAUGGAGUGUUUUUAUUUGCAGAUAAAUUCCAUGUUUGCACUGUGUUUCUACCAUAGUUAUCUAAAACUGUUUGGGGAGUUGAUUUGCUCUCUUUUGUAGAAAAUCCCUGUCCAGAUAUCCUUUUGCAUGAAUAGCGGCAAGAAUCUCCCCCCUCUGUUCUCACUGAACAAAGGACUAUGCUGGAUCUCUCACUGAGUGUAUUGGGUAUAUUCCCAACACAUACGUGAUCAGCUGUGUGAGAUGUAUUGUCGAAGGCUUUCACAGCCA